AUGGAGGCAACAGCCACCAGGAGGCAGUGCCUGGAUGAUCAGAAGCAGUGGACAGUUCUCAGAGGUGAAGCAGACACAGACGGCAGGUCACCUGUCAAUAGUACUGGACAGCACUGGUCAGUAGUGCUGAUCACCACUGUCCACAAGAAGGCAGUGUCAAAGCUCAUUAUGGUAGAAGACAUCUUUGCCACUGUAGCCCCAGUGGGACUGCAUGCCCUGUGCUCAUGUGGUAGGGGAACCACUGACCCCACCAUCGCUGCCAGCCUCUGCCAGCAGCAGUGGCCGAAGUUCAGAGUUGGUUGGCCCCCGGAGGGAACUUUUGAUUUACAGAUUGUCCGUCGCGUAAAAAAAAUCAUCACCAGUGAAAGAAAAUUCGGACAUCCUGACCAACUCCCGUAUAUCUUAGUCUGGCAAGAUCUAGUCCAGAACCCCCCUGCUUGGUUAAAGCCAUUUUUGUCGUUACAGGCACAACCCGUACUGCCGGCUAAACUGCUUGGGUCCCACCCCAACACCCCGUCGGCACCUGCGGUUUUCCAAGACUCUACCCCGGAGGAACUUCUAUUUCCACCACCCUAUCAUAACCCUUGUAGUAACCCUCCCCAACUCCUGCGGUCGGCUGACCACCCUCCCCCAGAGGCGGGCGGGGCUCGUGGGCAGGGUCCGGCGGCAGGCACCCGCUCAGUGAAGGCGAAUUCCCCGGAUUCCACCGUCCUGCCCCUGCGUGUGGCAGGAUUGCCUAAUGAGCAGGGCAACCAGCCCAUGCACUACUGGCCGUUUGCGACCAGUGACCUCUACAACUGGAGAGCACAAAAUGCACGUUUCUCUGACAACCCUAAAGACCUUGUUAAUCUCCUAGACACUGUUCUAUUUACUCAUCAGCCCACCUGGGAUGAUUGCCAACAGCUCUUGCAGGUCCUCUUCACCACUGAGGAGCGAAAUCGUAUACUGACGGCCGCCAGGAAAUUAGUCCCUGGAGAAGAUGGCACACCCACCACAAACGCGGCCCGCAUAGAUUUAGUGUUUCCCUUGACCCAACCUGACUGGGAUUUUAACCAGGCUGAAGGUAAGGAGAGACUCCGGGUGUACCGCCAGACUCUAAUGGCAGGGUUGCGUGCAGCAGCCCGCAAGCCCACCAAUUUGGCCAAGGUAGGGGAUGUGCAGCAGGGAAGGGAGGAGACCCCCGCGGCUUUUCUAGAACGCCUCAUGGAAGCUUUUCGGCAAUAUACUCCUAUGGAUCCGGAGGCAACGGAGAACAGGGCCGCGGUGGUGGCAGAAAAGGUGUACAAUCGCCGUGAAACUCCUGAGCAAAGAAAAGACCGCAUCCGCCAGGAAGAACGGAAGGUAAGGGCGGCUGAAAACGCACGCCACACUCGGGAUAUGGCCAGAAUCCUGUUCGCCGUCACUCAAAAGGACGACCCGGCACAGCAUUCAGUCCUCACGGAACCCUUGGGUAAACUUUCCGGUAAAACUUCGUGGGUGCAAGGGGCUACGGGAUGCAAGCAGUAUCCCUGGACCACGAAAAGAUCUGUAGACCUGGGAAAAGGUCAGGUCUCGCACACCUUCGUUGUAAUUCCUGAAUGCCCGUACCCAUUAAUUGGAAGAGACCUUUUAACCAAGGUAGGAGCGCAAAUCUCAUUUGGACAGGAAGGUGUCAAAAUCAAGGACUUUAAGGGCUCUCCCCUACACGUCCUCACGAUUUCCCUUCAAGAUGAGUACCGCCUUUUGGUGGCGCCAGAUCACCCACCCCUUUCUGGGUGGUGGAUGGAAUCUUUCUCGAAUGUUUGGGCAGAAACCGGGGGCGUUGGCCUGGCGUCCCACAGACCACCCAUUAUAGUCCAGCUAAAGCCUGGGGCUGAACCCAUUCGGGUAAAACAGUACCCUAUGCCUGCAGAAGCCAAGGCAGGAAUAACGCCUCAUAUUCGGAGGCUAUUGGACAGUGGUAUCCUUAAAACAUGCCAUUCGUCAUGGAACACCCCUUUGUUACCGGUGCGAAAACCACACUCGCAAGACUUCAGGCCGGUACAGGACCUCAGAGAAGUAAAUAAACGGGUCAUAGAUAUCCACCCCACAGUCCCAAACCCUUAUACCUUGCUGAGUGCCUUGCCACCUACUCAUGUGUGGUACACAGUAUUGGACUUAAAAGAUGCCUUCUUUAGUCUACCACUAGCACCCCAAAGCCAGGAAAUGUUUGCCUUUGAAUGGCAGGAUGCGGAACGGGGCAUCAGUGGACAAUUAACUUAGACAAGGUUACCUCAAGGGUUUAAAAACUCUCCCACCCUUUUUGACGAGGCCCUUCAUGAGGAUUUAAAAAAAUUCCGCAGCCGAUUUCCCGAACUAACUUUGCUCCAGUAUGUUGAUGAUCUGUUACUUGCAGCGGAAAGUGAGCAUGCCUGCCGAACAGGAACAGCCGAAUUACUGACGAAACUGGGCCAGAUGGGAUACCGCGUCUCCGCAAAAAAGGCACAAAUUUGCCUGCCCGAGGUAAUCUAUCUGGGCUACCGCCUCAAAAACGGUUAUAGGUGGCUGACGGAAGCCAGAAAAGCUACUGUCUUACAGUUGCCGACACCCACCACCAAAAGAGAGGUACGUGAGUUCCUGGGAUCUGCUGGGUUUUGCCGGCUAUGGAUACCUGGAUUCGCAGACCUGGCCCAACCCUUGUAUGAGGCUACCCGGGAAAAAGUAACUUUUCAGUGGACUCCCCAGAUGCAGCAGUCUUUUGAGUCCUUAAAGAGGGCUUUACUGUCUGCACCAGCCCUGGGUCUUCCGGACAUUACAAAGCCUUUCCAUUUGUUCGUAGAUGAGGCAAAGGGCAUAGCUAAAGGGGUGCUCACUCAGUCCUUGGGCCCCUGGAGGCGUCCUGUGGCUUAUCUGUCUAAAAAGUUAGACCCGGUGGCGUCCGGCUGGCCACCGUGCUUACGCAUGGUGGCAGCGGCUGCCCUCCUUUUCAAGGACUCCCAAAAACUGUCUCUGGGACAAGUUACUUCCAUAAUCACCCCCCAUGCGGUGGAAGGAGUCCUCAGGCAGCCGCCAGAGAGGUGGAUGAGUAAUGCCCGAAUCACGCAUUACCAAAGCCUAUUGCUCAACCCAGAGAGGGUCAAUUUUUCGCCACCCACGGGGCUAAACCCCGCCUCCCUCCUACCUGCCCCUGACCUGGAGGCCCAUCUAGACUGUGUUGAUAUCUUGGCCCAGGUCCAAGGGUUACGCCCUGAUCUGCGAGAUAACCCUCUGCCGGACGGACUGGUUUGCUUUACGGAUGGGAGCAGUUUUAUCCACGAGGGCCGAAGAGCGGCAGGGGCGGCAGUGGUGUCCAUGCAGGAAGUCAUAUGGGCUGAGCCUUUGCCAUCCGGGACGUCCGCUCAAAAGGCUGAACUAAUUGCCCUAACCAAAGCUCUCACCUUGGCUCGAGAAAAAAAUUUAACUGUGUAUACUGACAGCAGAUAUGCAUUUGCCACGGCCCACGUACACGGGGCCAUAUAUCGAGAGCGCGGGCUCUUAACCUCCGACGGCAAAGGCAUUAAAAACGCUCAAGAAAUUAUGGAUCUCCUGGCAGCGCUGUGGCUACCACGUAAGCUGGCUAUAGUGCAUCAUCCAGGUCAUCAAAAGGACUCCUCGACUCCAACUCAAGGUAAUAAGCGGGCGGAUGAGGCAGCACGCCAAGCUGCCCUAAUGCCGUCUCUACCGGGUGCUUUUUCUUUGGGACACUGGUGGUACACCCAAGAAACUAAGGCCAUCUUGCCAGCACACUUGGCCACUGAUCUCAUUCAGUGCUUGCACCGAGCCACGCAUUUGGGAGAGAGAAAAAUUCUAACUCUAAUCAGGCAAUGGAACCUCCAUGUCCGGGACGCAACCUGUACCGUGCGACAAGUAGUGGCAUCCUGCCAGUCGUGUGCCAUGGUAAACGCCACCAAGACAACCGGUGAACCAGGAAUGAGGCCGCGAGGAACGCGCCCGGGGGUCCAUUGGGAAAUAGACUUCACCGAGGUAAGACCAGGUAAAUUUGGCUAUCGAUACCUGCUGGUCCUGGUGGACACGUUUUCCGGAUGGCCGGAGGCGUUCCCGACAAGAGGUGAGUCAGCUCGAGUGGUAGCCAAAAUCCUGUUGGAAAACAUUUUUCCUAGAUUUGGGUUUCCAGUGACCAUUGGGUCAGACAAUGAACCAGCCUUUGUCUCUCAGGUAUCAAAAUCUGUGGCUUCUGCCCUGGGAGCAGAGUGGAAGCUCCAUUGUGCCUAUCGGCCCCAGAGUUCAGGGCAGGUGGAGAGAAUGAACAGAACUUUAAAAAAAACUUUAACUAAAUUAACUUUAGAGUCUGGCGGGGACUGGGUGACUCUCCUUCCCUAUGCCCUCUUCCGGGCUCGCAUCCCUUAUCGUCUGGGUCUGUCUCCGUUCGAGAUUAUCUAUGGAACCGCCCCCCCAACCACACCGCACGGUGCGCAGUUAGCUUGUGAUUUGCCUUCUGAUUGUGAACUUUUUCUUUCUGUGUGGGCUGUACAGCAGGCUCACCAGGAGGUCUGGCCCCGCCUCAGAGCGCUCUAUGAAGGGGGAGGACCUUCUCAGACAGCCCACAAAUUUCAGCCUGGAGAUCUUGUCCUUGUCCGCCGACACAAGACCGACGGUCGUGGCCUCCAGCCCCGGUGGAAGGGUCCCUACAUCGUCCUCCUGACCACACCCACCGCACUCAAAGUGGACGGCAUCGCGGCCUGGGUUCAUCACUCACACGUCAAGACGGCACCAACUGACGACUCCCAGCUGCAGUGGCGAGCCCGGAAGCAUCCCACCAAUCCACUCAAGCUGACUCUUCAGGCGCUCCCGGCUACAACCCAUCGCUCCCAGACCACUGCCCACGCCGUGAAAAAUGACACCAAACUGUAAUGUUGGCUACCUACUGUCCUUCCUUUGUUUUCUCCUUGUCGGGGCUGACUGGGAUCCCUGCCGACGG